CCGACCGACCGGCAGCCGAAGAGCUGCAUGCAACCGGUGGGAGGCCGGGCCAGCCGGGGCUGGGGCUCGGGCCGUUCUUCGGCGGCUCCCUGACGGCGAGCGCGGACGGCCCGGAGGCGGAGGCUCUGAGCUGGCAGGCGGAGGGUUGUCUCCCGCGCCCGCCUGCCCGGCGCGGUCCGAGGAUGCGGGGGGGCGAUGCCCGGGGCCAGGGACGCGCUCUGUCACCAGGCGCUGCAGCUGCUGGCCGAGCUCUGUGCCCGUGGGGCCCUGGAGCACGACAGCUGCCAGGAUUUCAUCUACCACCUGCGGGACCGCGCCAGACCCCGGCUCCGCGACCCAGAUAUCUCGGUGAGCCUGCUGACCCUCAUGGUCACUGCCUGUGGCCUCGCGCUUUUUGGCGUGUCUCUCUUCGUGUCUUGGAAACUCUGCUGGGUUCCGUGGCGAGAACGAGGCCUGCUGUCUGGUAGCAAAGACAACAAUCGGGAACCUCUUAACUACACGGACACAGAGACCAAUGAGCAGGAGAACAGUGAGGGCUUCCUAGACCCUCCCACCCCCUGCCCUGACUCCUCCAUGAAGAUCAGCCACACCUCCCCUGACAUUCCCCUCUCGACCCAGGCCGGGGGCCAGGAGAACUGUGCCCAUGGCGUCCGUGUGCAGCGCCAAGUCACAGCGCCGAGCUCGUCGGCCCGGCAUAAUUCAAUCCGAAGACAACUCAACCUGUCAAACCCGGACUUCAAUAUCCAGCAGCUUCAAAAACAGGAACAGUUGACUGGAAUUGGUCGAAUUAAACCAGAGUUAUAUAAGCAGCGGUCACUGGAUAAUGAUGAUGGGACAAGGGGUAAUAGCAAAGCCUGUGGGAAACUGAAUUUCAUUUUAAAAUAUGACUGUGACUUAGAGCAGCUCAUAGUGAAGAUUCACAAAGCUGUCAAUUUGCCUGCCAAGGACUUUUCUGGGACUUCAGAUCCUUAUGUCAAGAUCUAUUUGCUUCCUGAUCGGAAAACCAAACACCAGACUAAAGUUCACAGAAAGACCCUGAACCCUGUGUUUGAUGAAGUGUUUUUGUUUCCAGUACCCUACAAUGACCUUGCAGCCCGGAAGCUUCACUUCUCUGUGUAUGACUUUGACAGGUUCUCUCGCCAUGACCUAAUUGGCCAAGUGGUGGUGGAUCACUUCUUAGACUUGGCUGAUUUCCCCAGGGAGUGCAUCCUUUGGAAGGAUAUCGAAUAUGUCACCAACGACAAUGUGGAUCUUGGAGAGUUGAUGUUUUCCCUCUGCUAUCUUCCAACUGCUGGCAGGCUGACCAUUACCAUUAUAAAAGCAAGGAAUUUAAAGGCAAUGGACAUAACAGGAGCAUCAGAUCCCUAUGUAAAAGUGUCGCUGAUGUGUGAUGGCAGACGACUGAAGAAGAGGAAAACAUCCACCAAGAGGAACACUCUGAACCCUGUUUACAACGAAGCCAUAGUCUUUGAUGUCCCUCCCGAGAACAUUGACCAAAUCCACUUGUCCAUAGCUGUCAUGGACUACGACCGUGUAGGUCAUAAUGAGAUCAUCGGCGUGUGUCAAGUAGGCAACGAAGCUGAGAGGCUGGGCAGAGACCACUGGAGUGAAAUGCUGUCGUAUCCUCGGAAGCCCAUUGCACACUGGCAUUCCCUGGUGGAGAAACGAUGACUAUUGGUAAGAGGAUUGUUUUGUGCCAAGGACACAGUGGGACAACCACCUUACAAAGAUCUUAAGUAACUUUUCCCAUACAACAACACCCGGACGACUCCAGUGACCAAAUGCUGAGCUGUAACCACAGCAAUAACUGGCCCUCUUUCUGAAUUAGGUUUGGUGAAUAUGAAUGGUCUGGCCAUCUUUCAGUGGCCUAAGGUGGUGUGCUACGGGGGAAGCACGACUGUCAUGGCCAAGAACCAAGAUCGGACUAUGGAAGAAACCACGUGACGUAGUGAGAAUACUAAGAGUACCCUAGAGCGCUAGGACUCUUUGUGAUUAACGUGAGGCCCUUGGUGAUGGGGUCAUAGCUCCUGCCCUGGCAACGUCAUUCUGACACGAUGUUAUUUGCUUGAAUGCCCUGGAAGGACAGAAUAUUUAAAAGUGUAUCCAGGUGCUAAAUAGGCAGCGGAUCUAAUUCACACUGGACUACCUUUGAGCUGAUAACUGUCUUCAGAAAAUCAUGUUACCCCAGGAAGUGCCCCAGCUUUGCAAGGAAUAGCCCCAGGAGAGUAAGAGGAUACGCAGGCUGUUCCCCUGGAGAAAAUCUGGUGCAAGGAGGGCUGAUUCACAGCAAAUUCACUGCCCCCUCCCAUGCACAUGGCAGAGAGGACCGGUUGAUCAUAACCCUUUCUUGUGCUAAACCCAGAUUCUGAGGAGUCAGAAUCCCAGACAGUAUUUUCUAGAUGGCCAGCAGCCACUUCCUGGCAACUGGUGUUGACAUUAGAAUGAAAGUUACUUGCCAUCUAUGUUAGAGAGGCAUGCGUCUCAGUGGCGUAAGCGUUCUGGAAUACCCUUUUCCAGGCAUAGCUGUCCACUGGGGAACAGCCGCAGGUGUACCAUUGUGUGAGAUAAGUUGACGGAGAGGUAACACAACCCUCCCCCUGAGGAAGGCACCACUUUGGGGUCUUCUCGGCCUGCAUGCUCUCUGGGGUAUUUCCAUAUGCAACAGCCUGGAGGCAUUAGCCGUGGGCAGCCACAGACAGGCUUCCUUUCACUUCCAGACACAUAUAUCACUUUCACAGCACUUGGGGAACGGAGAUACCUACAAGAGUGAAGGUCAAGGGCUCUCCCCAGGUAUCGCAUUCAUUACUCAGCUUCCUCUGUGACCCCAUCAGCCAGCCCACCGCCGGCUCUGCUCCUCAUCCUCAUCGCCUCUGCCUCCAUACAAAGGAAACCAAAGGCCUUAGUGUCCCUUGGGGCGGGGAAAGAGGGGUGGCCGUUACCUAGUGGCCCUCUCUCUCCCAUUAUGAGUGCAAGGUGCCCCAAGCACACAUUGCACCACUUCUCUAAGAUAACGUCCUGGGAAGCUCAUUGUCUUCAUUUGAAUUAACAUUUCACUGUGGGACUGCGUGGGUGGAAGCAGGAUCAUUGCAUGUCUUCAGAAAGUUCUUACUGCCGCAGCUGCCUGGUGUAAGACACUCGACCCUGAUCUCACAUCUGAAAAGGAAAGAGGCCUUCGGUUGUGUGAGGCAGUGUUACUACACUCCAGCUUCCCGCGUUCCCCAGCCUGCCUAGUCCAUUUCCAUCUCUGAUUGGCUUUCAACCACCAGGAUCCAAAGAGAACCCAAGGUUCUGCCAACGUCCGAUGAUGUGAGAAGAAUUUGACUUUCCUUGCCCAAAGUUCCACCCUGCCUGUUCCUCCCCAGUCAGACAUCCUCCACCGUACCAGUGUUUCGAACCAAAGCGUGAAGGACAUGUGCCAGCAGGAUAGCCAGCAGAAAUACUGUCUCUAGAGCCAGGCAGAUGAGCCCAGAAGAAUGGUCCCAGAGAAACCGGACUGGCCCCCAUAGGUAUCAGGCAGCCAUUCCAAUAAACUUGGCCCUGAGAGCCUGGGUAGGAGAUCCUGGGGCAGCUGUGCCUACUGUUGCCCCCACCCCCGCCCAACCCCCCAAAGAUCUUCCUGCCCAGAGAGCUAGCAGCCCUGGGUACUACUGAGUCUGUUACUGGCGGGUUUGUACGAAACGGAAGGUGGCUUUACAGGGGCCAGCAGGCAAAGAAGCCUGUCUGCGUGGCAGGCAGGUGGCUUUGUGUCUAGAAAGCUUUGCCCAGCCAGUCCAGCUGUGGCCAGAAGCUGCUUUUGAAUUUGAACUCCCUGAGCCCAUCUGCAACUCUGUCUCUGUUCUCUUGCAUUCUGUUUGGUUUCCCUUUAGUUUCCUAGUAAAUGUUCCUUUUGAAAAAUUCCAACCUUGUCUCAUUGAACUUGGGGGGGAGGGGGUUCUCCAACAUCUUUCCCAGAAUGGAGAAGGAAAUUAACAUGCCUUGAAAAAAUGGAAAUGGCAGUGAGAGGGUCAGAUCUUAGGAAAAGUUACCUUGGGGAGAGCUGGUGUCAAGAGAUGGGAGAGGCCAAGUGUCUCCCCCACCCACCUGGCACGGAUUCUCAGCCCCUUCCUCUCGCUGCCUUUGUC